GGGUGAUUUGCGACGCGAUCCGUGGCGAGUGCGGUCGAGAAGACGACAUCGGAGGAGGAGGGGGCCAUUAAUGUCAGCCUAACCAGAGCGAAGCGCCCAACAGGAUAGGGAAGGGUGAUGGGACCGGGAAAGGGGCGAUUUGCGACGCGAUCCGUGGCGAGUGCGGUCGAGAAGACGACAUCGGAGGAGGAGGAGGAGGAGGCUCGGGAGGAAGAAAAGGGCUUCUUUGCUUGCUACUUGCUUGUUUCUCUGAGCCCUCGUCACAAAAGCCGUACCUACAUCGGGUUUACAGUCAAUCCUCGACGGAGAAUCAGACAGCACAACGGUGAGAUAAGGUGUGGAGCAUGGAGGACGAAACAUGGACGCCCGUGGGGGAUGGUUCUUUGCAUCUAUGGCUUCCCUUCAAAUGUUUCUGCUCUCCAGUUUGAAUGGGCUUGGCAGCACCCAAAAGAAUCUCUAGCUGUUAGAAAAGCUGCUUCAAGUUUGAAGUCGCUCUCUGGCAUUGCAAAUAAGAUCAAGAUCGCUUAUACCAUGUUGUCACUUCCAGCUUGGGAGAACUCGAAUCUCACUGUCAAUUUCUUCUCAACAAAAUACAUGAAGCAUACUGCUGGUUGCCCAAAAUUGCCAAAGCAAAUGAAAACUAUUUUUGGCACCAUGGAUGAACUUCCCUGCUAUGUCAAAGGUCUAAUACUAGAUGACAACGAAGAAAAUGAUGAAGAAGACAAUCUUGAGGAAGAUUCACUGUCUACAUCUUCGGCUGUAUCGAUUAACCAUGUGGAGACAGAUGUCAUUCAUGAGGAAAGGACAACCAGGCAUCGUUUUGGUACUUGGAAACAUGAUGACUUUAGACAGUCCAUGGAGCUAACAGAUUCACCUUGCAUGAUAGAUUCACCAAAGGCCUCAGAAGAGUCCAUUGAUGAUGGAGCGGGAGUUGUGAAUCUUAUGGGCAAGGCUUUAGAUAAUGAAGAUUCACUUUCGACAUCAUUGGCCAUAUUGGUUGAUGAUGUGGAGGUUGAUGCCACUCAUGUACAAAGGACAGCCAGGCAUGGCCUUGGUGCUUUGAAACAUGACAAUUUUAGACAGUCAAUGGAGCUAACGGAUUCACCUUGUUCCAUAGGUUCCCCCAAAGCCACAGAGGAGUCCGUUGACAAAGUGGGAGUUGCGAAUCUAUUGGGAAAAGAUUUUAGCGAUUUUGGUGGUAUUAGGAAGCCAAUGGAGACGACAAAAUCUUACUGUCUUAUUGAAUCCCCUGGACCAGGUCAAGAAUGCAGCAGAACUUCCCCGGACAGAACUCAACUGUUAUGCAGUGAAGACCCAUUUGAUUUUCUUAAACAAAAUAAUUUGGAGAGCUUCAGGCAACAAUCUACUCCAAGUAGUUCCAAUAAAAAGGCUUCCCUUGAUAAUCUGCCCUUUUCACCCGAGAGUAAUGUAAUAGAUCUCCUGUCACCACCCAGCUGCUUAAUUAGCUGCUGCAGUAAUAAGCAUAAGAAGACUUCAGUCCAUAUGGACAUUAUUGAUCUGACGGAUUCCCCCAUCAGUCUUUAGCUGUGACCAGAAUCUAUGUAAUGCGAGGCAAAAACAAUGUUCAAUGUUCAUUGUUGAAUACUAAUCAUCGACAAACUUCUCUUCACAGCAUAUAUUCCAAGUGUCUGCUGGAUGUCUCCUAUGGUUGAGAAUUUCUAUUAUCAUAUUACUGGAUCUGAACACAAGCUGAACAUCAUCCAAUGCAGUACUUUUUCUUUUAAGCUAAGGAUUGGUGGAUGGCAGGUCUGCCAGUGCAAAAGAACUAAUAAACUAGCAGUGCUGAAUUGUAUCAACAGUUAUUUGAGCAUGUACAGAAUCAUAAUCAAGUAUGCUGUGGCUUGAAAAGUUUCUAAAAGUUCCUGUUGUAUUUUAAUUUUUCUGAUACAGAUUUAAUGAAGAAUGCUGUAUAGCAUUUUGAUAAAUAUUUUGCAGUUUUUUUCA